GGUCUGCUGCCAUGGCGGCGGCGCGCAGUGUUUACAGCGCUGCUCCGGCGGCUCGGCGGCUCCGCUGAAGCUCCAGCGGGAGGCUAAAGAAGGUUAAAGCGCCCUGAAGGAGAACUCGAGCCGAGGGUUUGUGGACUUCUCGGACGGAUAGCCGGACCCAGACUGCUGGACUUGGAUGGCCGGUGGAGAAACAGUCUGCAGACGGUCAGGGUGGUCUGCAGGGGGCGCUUUGGUCCCGGCCGCCUGGCAGAGAACCCGGAGAACCCGUCAGAUAUGGAGCCGGCUGGUCACAGACAUCAGACAGAGGGAGAAGGUGCUUCGCUCUGACCACAGCAUCAGCCUGGUGACGCAUGGAGUCCAGCACGUCCACCAUGUCCCCUGUGAUGAUGCUGUGAGGUUCAUGAGCUGCAGUGACAGAGCGAGGGGCUUUCUGAGUGUCCACCACAGCGGACAUGUGAGGUUCUACCAUCCAGACGGCCAGCUGAGAGAUUCAGUCCUCCACAUGUCCCUCAACGUGACCUACGAGGGCCUCACAUACACACAGCUGCCGGACAGGCUGGUGGCCUGGGGGUCUGGGCCCACCCUCACACUGCUUGACUCUCAGCUAACACCACUGAUGCAUGCAGUGGACCCUCUCGACAUCAGGGUCUGCCAGGUUGUAGAAGGUUCUGAGGAGCUGGUAUCUGCUGGAGCUGGUAACGUGUGUGUGUGGUGUUUGGGUCACAUGCUGUGUCGUGUGCGGGUGCUGGAGGGUUUCGGGACACACGCUGUGUUCACGCUGCUCACUGUGGCUCCGGCUGCAGCUGAUAAAGGGCCGCGAGCGCUGGCUGUGAGUGGCAGAGCGGUCACUGUGGUGGAUCUGACCGAGGGGCACGUUCUGGAACACAGAACAAACCUCCACCUCAGAGAGAUCACAGGGUUGGUGUACUGCCCCCUGCAGGACACCGUGGUGACUGCAUCUAAAGACGUGUCCAUCAGAGUGUGGGGUCCAGAAUGGGAGCUGCUCAUGGCGUUCGUGGGACACACGGCUCUGGUCACCUCCCUGCUGCUGUGUCCUGUGUCCGGUCUGCUGCUGUCCUCAUCUCUGGAUGGGACGCUGCGCUCCUGGAACCUCCACACAGGUGAUCAGGUGCAGGCUGUGUCCGUCCCCACCGGAGCUGACCCUCCAUUGACCAUGGGUGGUCCCAGUUGUUCUGGCUCCUUCUUCUCAUUCUCCCGAACUGGCUUGGACUUCUGGACCUUCAGUAAGCUCUAUGAGCUCCACUGCAGGCUGGGAGACAUGUCCCGACCUGUCCGUCAAAUACUGGCCCCACCCACUCAGCCACCAUACCCUGUGCGCAUAUUGUGUGUCCAUGGCGAUAGUGACGUGACCCUGAUCGCAGCAGAGAAGGGGGCGGUGCUUACGGCCUUCAGAGCCAAUGGCAGAGUGAGAUGUGCUGAUUACUGUCUAUCUAAAGAAGUUUUAUUGGUUCUGACCGAAGAGGGGGCGGUGACCAGAGCCAGUACGCUGACCAAUCCGGUGACUCUGCUGGAUGAGCAGCGAGCUGACUGGCCGAGUGCAAAGCAGCAGGUGGAGGCGGGGCCGGCCUGCUGUAUGGCUCUGUACAGUAGCAUAACAGACCCAGAGAGGGCGCUAGAGGAGUGGAGGUCACUGCAGCAGCAAAAAGGACUCAAAAUGAGGAGGAGGAAACUGCAGGAAGAUGACAAGAACAGGUUUCUGAUCAUGCUGGGGCAUCGCGGUGGGUGGAUCAGCGUGAUGCAGAUGCAUUCUGGGAAAAUCCUGUACGGAGUCUCCGCCCACAAUGGCCAGGGCGUCUGCAGCAUACAGGCUCACCCGGACGCCAGCCGCGUCCUCACUGCUGGUGAAGAUAACUCUGUCCUGCUGUGGAAGGUGUUCCCACAUACACAGGAGUGUGUGAGUCUGCAAAUGAGUGUGUUUUGCGCUCACACUCCAGUGCGUAUAGCUCUGCUGGACUCCCUGCUGACCAUCGGCCUUCAGCAGCCAAACAGCGCCACCUACAGCCUGGUGCUGUACAACCUGAAAACCCACUCUCGCACAGACCACUCUCCAGUGCAUGACCACAGCAGCACCAUCACAGGGUUGUGUGCAUGUCAGAAGCUGCGUGUGUUUGCCUCCUGCAGUCGGGAUGGGACGGUGCGCAUCUGGGACGAAGAGAACCGGCUGAUAAGGACUCUGGAGCUGAAUGCUGAGCCUGAGUGUGUUGACUUCAGUGGAGAGAGAGGGGAGCUGCUGGUGGGGAUCAGAGGAGAUCUGUACAGAAUAGCCUGCACACACGCACUGCCUCACCACUUACAGCUGCAGUUGCUGUAUAAUGCGGAUUCAGUUCCUGAUCCACUCCUGUCCUGCAGCUCUACCUAUAAACACAGCGCUCCUGUCAGCCAAGUGGACUGUCCGGAAAAACAGGCCGUGACCAAAGACCCAGAGCUGGAGUGUCUGUUAUUGAGGAAUAGAGACCUGCGCUCACUGCAGAGCGGAGAAACUCUCAGCAAGACCAAAAAACCUGCCAGCACUGCUCAGACCAGGAGAGAGGCCUUCACCCGCUACAUGCAGCUACUGUACAACCAGCCUGUGCACAUCAAUAUUCCAGAUGAUGACCCAUUUGACCUGGGCGCUGCUCUCUUUCCACCCAAACCGCCCAAACUACGGCCUCUGACCCCUCCCACAAUCCGAGAGGGCUUCUUCAACCACCGCAGCCUGGUCAAGAAACUAGACAGGACACACACACAGGAAAGCGGACCGGACCCUCGUUCCCAGGCCCCACCGGGCUUCAUCCCCAACUCUGUGCUGGUGGGAAAGAUGUGGCCGGACAUGGUGGUGGAGAACGUAGUGCCCCCUAAACUGUGGAUGCUACGGGAUGACCUCGGCCUCGAGCCUGAGGAGAGUGAGGUGGAUGAGGUGCCGUUCGUCGUCUGUGAGGAAGAGGAGUUUGUUAUUCGCCCUGCUGAACGUGUUGAGACACCACCAAAACCACCCAGUCCACUCCCACCUCCGCCCCCGCGAGAGAAGGUCAAAUAUACACUGAAGCCCCUCCCUCCCAUUAAACAAGCCCCACCUCCAAAACUCCCAUCUCCACCCAAAACUCCAACUCCUCCCCCAUCUCCACCCAAACCAGCCUCUCCUCCACCCCGCCGUGCUCCGUCUCCACGGCUGCCCUUCUUCCUGCAGCGCUUUCUGGGGGAGCCGUGGUUUCACGGCAUAUACUCUGACCAGCGGGGUAUUCCUGAGUCUCUGAGUCCAGCUGAGUUCUGCGGUCAGUUGCUGGACUUCCUAAAGUGCUGCAGUGUGGAGCAGAAGCUGAGAGUGCUCACAGCCAUCAUCACUUUGCAUGGAGAAAACCUGCUGAACACACAGCUCAUCACACGUGGCCUGCUGACAUCACUACGUGCCUGCCUGCACCAUAACAUGUCAGAUGAGGAGCAGCGUUUCGCGGAGGAGCUGCUGAAUUUCCUGGUGUGUGUGGAUCCACACAGCUUUGAACUCACUGUGGAGCUGCUCAGCCUGCUGGCAGACAAACAGCUCGGAUUACAGGGUCUGGCAGUGUGUAUGCUGCAGGUUCUGGGUGUGGACGAUACUCAGCACUGGUUGCCUCCACAGCUGGAGCUCUUGGACUCUGAGGCUCGAAAGCAGCCGAACCCUCAGGAUGCGCUGAGGGAGGCGGCCGGCCAGUGGCUCCACAGCUGGACCAACGAAUACAGAGCACACAAACGGCUGGAACCUCCUGGAAGCUCCGGGGGCAAGAGUGCGGUCUCCCCUGUGGAGGUUCUGCGCUAUUUCUGCUGGCUGCGGAGAGAGGGGCAGGUGCAGCCUAAAAAAACACGACCAGAGGGCAGGAGAGACACGGUGCUGCUGGACACACAGGCGGACCGGUGGAAGGCAGUGCAGCGCCUGGGAGAGACAUACAGCAUGUCUCGGAUUCGAGAACCACGAGAGCUUUGGUUGCCACCCCUUCCUUCCAGGCCGCUGCUGAUGGGCUUCACUCGACUGUUGUCUCUUCCACUCACUCGUAUAUCUCUCUCUCCGUUCCCUCUCUCUCUGGACUCGCACUGCUCGAAGGAACCUUCACCACGACGCUUCUUCCUGCUGGAGCGGUCCUACGUCCAGUACUACAGAUAAUCUCUCCUUCUAAAGCAGACAACCCCAGGAAGAACCUCAAAGAACUGUCAGGCAUCUGUAUCUCUUUCCUCAGAACUAUACGAAAGCAUCCUAACUAAUCUUUAAUAAAAUAAUACGCUCACAUAUUUCUAAACAUUCAAUGUCUUCCAGUCUUCCAGUCCCAAAGUCAGUCUUCAUUGAUCAAAACCUGCUAGAAAAUGAUAAUUCUCUCUGCUUCAACACUGAACCACCAAUAUUUCUGAGUAAAAUCGACUU